AGCAGAAACUCAAGUUCGGCACAGCAACAUUUUCUAUAAAAGCCCAAUGGACGUGGGUUCUCUUUGUAUACAACACCAGAGUGAAGGUUCUGCUAUCCAAAGCAGCAGUAGGAUGCCGUGGUCCUGGGUCUUUGUAGUGGUUUGCUGCUUCUUGUGCUUUUCCGGUGAUGCCUUCCAAAGGAUUCCACUUAAGAAAAUGCCCUCAAUCAGGGAGACCCUGCAGAAGAUGGGGAUGGAAGUGUCUGAUGGCUUCCCUUCCAUGGAGCACAGUCUAUACCAUCUUGGCGAAGCGCUUCAUAAUGUGACAGCACCUACCACCCUCACAAACUACAGAGAUACGCAAUAUUUUGGUGAAAUCAGCAUUGGCACACCAGCCCAGAUCUUCAAAGUCAUUUUUGACACAGGGUCGGCCAACCUUUGGGUGCCAUCCCACCAGUGCUCCCCACUGUACAGCGCCUGUGCUUCCCACGCCCGCUACGACUCCUCCAAAUCAAGUACAUACAGGCCAAAUGGAACUCAAAUUGCAAUCCAAUAUGGGAAAGGACACGUCAAGGGUUUCCUUAGCCAGGACAUUGUGACAGUUGCUGGCAUUCCUGUUUUCCAGGUGUUUGCAGAAGCCACAGCGCUCACUAACAAACCUUUCAACUAUGCCCAGUUUGACGGAGUGCUUGGUAUGGGGUAUCCCAGUCAAGCCAUUGAUGGUGUUACCCCAGUGUUUGACAAGAUCAUGUCUGAACAGAUUCUGACGUCAGAAGUGUUCUCUGUCUACUACAGCAGGAAUUCUGCACUGAACACUGGGGGAGAAAUCAUCCUGGGAGGCAGUGAUCCAUCUUACUACACGGGGGACUUCCACUAUCUCAGCAUCAGCCAGGAAGGCUAUUGGCACAUUGAUCUUAAAGGGGUUUCUGUCGGGGGCGAGCUGCUGUUCUGUCACGAAGGCUGCACAGCAUCUGUAGAUACUGGGACUUCCUAUAUCACGGGUCCAGCUAGUUCAGUGUCUAUUCUGAUGAAAGCCAUAGGAGCUACUUUGUUUGAAGAGAAAGAUUAUAUCAUCGAAUGCAAGAAAAUUCAUUUGCUGCCUGAUAUCUCCUUCCAUUUUGGAGACAGAGCCUACAUACUCAGUGGCUCCGCCUACGUCCUCCAGCAUUCUGAAUAUGGCCAAGAGUUCUGCACCGUGGCGUUCUCAGGUUUUGAUAUUCCUCCUCCACUGGGCCCUCUCUGGAUUCUGGGUGCUAGUUUCAUCGGAGAGUACUACACUGAAUUUGACCGGCAGAACAACCGAAUUGGCUUUGCCACAUCCCUCUGACACGGAAGAGUCCUGUUUCAGAGAUUACUAACUUUUGAGAAGAAACUGCAUAAACUGUGAAAGAGAACAGCUUAAUAAUAUAUUGUUUUCAAUAGCAAAAAGAGCUUGUGUCAAUAUGUAUGCAAAGCCCUCCAAUUAUUCUGCUGCAUUGCUAAAAGCUAUAAAACAGUAACAUCAAGAAUAACAUAA